AUGGAUUCUUCCCCGGCCGUUGAAAAGGUAUUCGUCUGUCCUGGAUGUCAGAGAGGUGGCUUCAAAAGCCUUGGCGCCGUGAAGGCUCAUUUUGAGUCCAAAGGCCACAAACUUGCUUGUGCGCCAUGUGACAUAUCUUUUGGAAAUGUUACAGCGUUGCUUAAACACUCCCAAAAGCAUGAAAAGCCCCUAGAUGGCUCCGAUAUCAAGUCGCUCAAGUCAGCAAAACCAGCGCCAAAGAUCACAAAGCAGCAGAACGUCCCGCAGGUUUCCGAGAUCUUGUCUACCAAACCUACAAAAUCAGCCCCGAAGUCUGUGAAAUACGACAAGUACCAGGAUCUGUCUGAGUCUUUUGUCAAGCCUGCAAAGCCAUCCUCAAAGACCUCAAAGCAUGUCAAGACCCAGGAUCUGUCUGAACCUUUAGUCAAACCUGCAAAGCCAUCUCCAAAGGCAGCGAAACAUGAAAAGUCCCAGGUUCAUUCCGAGCCCUUGCCUGUCAACCUUGCGAUAUCCGCUGCAAAGAAAACAAAGCUUGAGAUGUCCCAGGAUCUGUUUGAGGCUUUGUCUGCCAAACCUGCGAAAUCUGCUCCAAAGAAAACGAAGCAUGAAAAGUCCCUAGAUCGCUCUGAUAUAUUGCCUGCUAAGCCUGCGAAAUCAGCUCAAAAGCGCACAUCAACCCAGGCCCCGGUACGUGCUCCAUUGAGGUCAGACGGUCUUGAAGACCUGUGGAACAAGAGCUCUGAGCCUGAACCCCCGAGUCCCUCAUCACCCGCCAUCAACAAUGCAAAUUACCAUGCUAUCCUCGAGCCGCUCGAACAAGACUUGAUCUUUCGAUACUUGUCGGCACGGUGUCACUCGGACACCCGUCUGAUCACAAGAGGGUUCACAUUUCGGGCUGGCCUAGCAGACGUCAGCAGACGCCCGUCGAAGAAACCGCCUCCGAAGACAGGACAUUUCCGCCAAGUUCCUCGCUCCUCGGACGGAUUGCCGAAAAGGAGGGCAAUCGUGCUCGACUGUGAGAUGGUGCAAGUCGAAGCAGGGCGUCGGGAGCUUGCAUUUUUGUGCGCAAUUGACUUUUUGACCGGUGAGAUUCUCAUCGACAAUUAUGUGCAGCCGAAAAUGAGAGUCGUGAAUUGGGAUUCUCGUUUCAGCGGCGUGACUCCCGGUGCCAUGAACAAGGCUGUCAAGAAAGGGACAGCGUUGAACGGCUGGGAAGGAGCGCGCUCGAAAUUAUGGGAGUUCAUGGAUAGCGAGACUGUCCUAGUUGGCCAUUCUCUCAACAAUGAUCUUGAUGUCUUGGGUAUCAUUCACUGGAACAUUGUUGACUCGUCCAUCAUUACCAGCGAAGCGGUUUUUUACACUGUACACGCUGGUGAACCACUCAACCGCACAUGGAGUCUGAAAACUCUUACCAAUGAAUUGGUCAAUUAUGAUAUCCAGGUCGGCAAACAGGGCCACAGUGCGCUAGAGGAUGCACAUGCAACGCGGGAUAUUGUGAUCUGGUGUCUAAGAUACCCAGAGCAUCUGAAAGUAUGGGCUGAUAAUGCCCGGGACCAAGAGGAGGUGCGCGUUUACGAAAGGGAGUUGAAGAGGACGACUGAAGAGCAGGUGAAGGAGCAAAAGAGAAAACAUGAUAUGGAGAUGAAGAUCCAGAUGUUGUCCCGUGGCGUUUCUGGUUUGGAUGUUCAUGCCAUUAACCUGUCUGAAGAUAAUGCUAAUGACCCUGAUUAUUCUUUCGCCGACCAUGAUGGUGAUGAUGUUGAACACGAACCGGUAACUAUUGAAGCGGCCGCAGCUUCAUUCUUUUGA